CAGAAAACAGGACCUGAAGAUUAGACGUAGACUGUGAGAAAAAGAACGUCAAGAUGAGUGAGCCUGCAGAACCAACGCCAGCGGCGGAAGUCCCCCAUACAAACGGCCACGCACCACCCCAACCCACAAUCCUCCUCAUCCACGGCCUCUGGAUGACAGGCCUCUGCUGGGAACACUGGAUCUCCUUCUUCGCCUCGCACGGCUACACAGCCAUUGCGCCCUCCUGGCCAGGCUUCGGGGACCGCACACCGGCUGAGAUCCGCGCUGAUCCCAAAGCCCUCCGGGGCCUCACUAUCCACGCGGUCAUCGAACACUAUGUCAACAUCAUUGAGUCCCUACCUUCGCCACCGAUAAUCAUGGGACACUCGUUCGGCGGCCUGUUCACGCAGAUCCUGCUCAGUAAAGGAUACGGAGUGGCUGGAGUAGGCAUCAGUCCUGCUCAACCAUCAGGCGUCGUGAUCCUCAAGCCCAGCACGAUAAAAGCUUCUUUCGGCGUCCUGGGAAAUCCAUUUACAUACAACAAAGCUGUCCCUUUCACGGAAAGCCAGUUCCAUUAUGCGUUUGGGAAUGCCCUGGAUAAGAAAGAGAGUAAGGUGCUCUGGGAACGGUAUUCGGUGCAUGCGGCUGCGCAUGUCCUUUGGCAGGGAGCGCUGGGGUUGCUUGGUGGUGGAGAUGGGGCGGUGGAUUGGAAGAAGGCGGAUAGAGCGCCGCUGUUGCUGGUUGCGGGCACGAAUGAUCAUGUGGUGCCGAGGGAGGUGGUAGAGGCAGAGAAGGAAAGAAGUAUGCUGGGAAGGCGGUCGUCGAGUUGAAGGUUUUUGAGGGACGGACGCAUGGGAUUGUUAAUCAGGACGGUUGGGAGGAGGUUGCUGGUUUCGCGUUAGAAUGGGUGAAGGAGAAGGCGAAGGUUUAGGGAUGGGCGUGAGCUUGAGCGUAUACCCUUUUGCGUGAUUGUGACGUCUCUUUUUCGAGUGACUGACUCUUGAUAUUUAACUCCUUUUACUUUUUGGGGGGUCUAUAGCU